AUGGAAGAAGAAAUUUCUGCAAAGUUUUCGGCAGAACGGGCUGAUUUUCGACACACCUUGCGGCAUGAUUAUCUCCUUUCUGCUUGCUCAAUUCGAUUGGAUUUUGGUUUCUGCACACUCUCCAACAUCAGAGAAGCAAUUCUUGUUCAGGAAUCUCUGAGAGAAAACAUCGGAAAGGCCUUCGAAUUUACCCCCGAAAACCACAGCUCUGGUUGGCUGAAACUCCUGCAAAUGUUUCCUAAGACGGCAGGACGCAAGAGGGUAGAGAUAGACUUCAACACUAUCAUGGAAAUACCUCUACGGUGUCAAACAAAUAUUCGUUCUCUACCAACCAAAAUGAAAGUUUCCAAGUCCACUCUUCAUCGACGAAUAAAAGAAGGUGUUAUCAAACCACAUUCAAAUGCAUUAAAGCCUCACCUUACUGAUGACAAUAAAUUGGUAAGACUCAAAUUUUGUUUGUCAAUGCUUCAACAAGAGAGUCUUAAUGAUGCACCUAUUUUCAAAAACAUGUUCAAUAUGGUUCAUAUCGAUGAAAAAUGGUUUUAUAUGACUAAAGGGUCUGAGAAAUACUAUCUGCAUCCUGAAGAAGAACACCCUAUGAGGACUUGUAGAAGUAAAAAGUUCAUUGUUAAGGUUAUGUUUCUAGCUGCAGUUGCUCGACCUCGCUUUGAUUGUUCUAGAAACAAACACUUUGAUGGAAAAAUUGGAAUAUUUCCUUUUGCCUUCAAAGAACCAGCUAAAAGGAAUAGCAAAAAUCGUGUUGCUGGUACUCUAGAAACAAAGCCUAUCCUAUCAGUGACCAAGGAAGUGUAUAGAAGGUGCUUAAUUGACAAUGUUUUGCCUACAAUUCGUGCUAAACGGCCACAAAGUGAUGUUAUCAGCCCUAUCUUCAUCCAACAAGAUAAUGCAAAACCACGUAUUGAUCCAAUGGAUGUUGAGUUGAUAGAAGCUGCCACAAGAGAAGGUUUUGAUAUUCGUUUAUCAUUUCAACCGCCUAAUAGCCCUGCUAUGAAUGUUCUUGAUCUUGGGUAUUUUAGAGCCAUUCAAUCACUUCAGCAUCAAGAAGCACUUAACUCUAUUGAUGAACUAAUUUUUGCUGUUGAAAAGUCCUUCGAUGAAUUAUCAUCUGAAAGUCUCAACAAUGUGUUAUUAACCUUACAACUAUGUAUGCUUGAAGUGAUGAAGAAUUUCGGAGGGAAUAAUUACAAAGUUCCACAUAUUAGGAAGCAACGGUUGAUAAAAGAUGGAAAUUUUCCUUUGCAAAUUGGAUGUGAUAAGGAGCUUAUUGACAAAAUCAUCUAUUAUCUACAAGCAUGA